CAAAGGAACGCAAACGAGGUCAACCAAGAGUAGACCCGUGACAAGGAGUAAGGAACACUCUCGAAAAGGAGGACACGAAUAGGAAAGAAUAGAAAAGAAACAACCGAGAUUAGGAUCAUGGAAUGCGCGAGAACCAAUAGACAGGCAACAAAAAGAUCGUGGCCGUGUUUGCCACUCUAUUAUCCGAUGGCCCAAAUGAAUCCGCAGGACAUCCCGUCCUAUCAGAAGGCCAUACGACAAAUAAUCAAGCUGGAAAGGAGGGCACCCCCCCAGUUCCUACAUCAUGAGAUAAGAAACGGUGGCUUGAUCGUUACGUGUGCCACCGACUACGACAAACAGUGGCUCGUUAGACAUAUCGACCGUGUAAAAUUCAGAUAUAGACUCCAGGUAGAUGAUCCGAUCGCCUUGGAAUAUAGAUUUCUAAUAGAGGGCGAAGUUAUCAACUUGAAAAAUACCAAAGAUAAUAUUUUGCAUAAAAUCAGGUGUUAUAACUCAAGCAUCAUAUUAGGAGAUUGGAAAAUUAUUAAAGAUGAAAUGAACCAUAAAAAAAUGACGAGAACUAUUACAUUUGAAGUGGCUUAUCGAUCGAUAAAAUGCUUAGAACAAUUGAAAAAUAGACUUCGCCUAGACGAAUAUGGGAUUGAUGGAAUUACCUUUGGCCGAAUUCGUCGGAUAAAGAGAGUCUAGUCAUCACGCGAAAGGUCAGAAUCAUCGGAAAGCUCUCGAUAGGAAACAUCCUUGAACAUGCCGAGCAUUAACGCACAACACAAGGCCACGCAUAAGAGCCGGAAUGUAUGUAUAUCAUAGAGGUGUAUGGUCUGUAGAAGUGUUUAAGCCGAGCAAAAUGGGCCGAUUUGGCAGAAGAGGAUUCAUGGACAAAUCGAACGUGUAGAAAAUGGAAAUCCUUAAAUAUUACUAUUAUGACUAUUAAUAAAAUGUAUUCUAUCUUUAUAUAUGUAGACAUAUAAUAAAUAAUAAACAAU